CGCUGCUCACCACGAUGUCCGGAUCAAACAAAUGAAAAACAGAAAUAGCUGAUGUCCUCUCCCCACAGAGCCGCGGGGUCAGAAAGAAUGUACUGGCAAGGAGGUGGCAACCCCUCUUCCCCAUCCUCUCUCUUUUGUUGCCUGCUGGAAAUUUCCCCAUCUCCCUUUAAGUCUUCCUCCUGGGCUACCACUGUGAACCUCAUUAUCCUGUACCCUGAAGUCAUCACAAUGGACAGGUGGCUUCUGGCUCAGGGCCCUCUGUGACAUCACCAACGUCCCAGCCCUGGGUGCCUGUCUCCCAGUUGCGAGGACAAGCAAACCCACCAUGAGCGACUUCCUGCCCUGCCUCUGCUCACCAUGCGGACGCUGAAAUGGUUCUUGUUCCUGCCUCUGUGCCUGUCCUGCGGCUACGCCUUUAUGUUUUCUUCUCUGAGAGAUAAGGCCAAAGAACCCCCCGGGAAGGUCCCUUGCGGGGGCCACUUUCGGAUCAGACAGAAUCUACCGGAGCAUGCCCAAGGCUGGCUCGGGAGCAAGUGGCUGUGGCUUUUUUUCGUUUUUGUGCUCUAUGUGAUACUGAAGUUUCGAGGAGAUAGUGAGAAGAAUAAGGAGCAGAAUCCUCCUGCCCUUCGAGGUUGUUCAUUACGCUCUCCACUAAAGAAAAAUCAAAAUGCUUCCCCCAGCAAAGACUAUGCGUUCAAUACCUUGACCCAACUCGAGAUGGACCUUGUGAAAUUUGUGUCCAAGGUGCGGAAUCUUAAGGUCGCCAUGGCAACUGGCAGUAACCUCAAGCUUCCAAGCUCAGAGGUACCCGGAGAUCCACACAAUAAUAUUACAAUAUAUGAGAUAUGGGGAGAAGAAGACUCUGACUGAAUGGAUUUGUGUCAAAGUAGGAGAGAAAAAAGUUUGAGUGUUGACAAACAGUAUGCAAACUAAUAAAACUAUUCUGAAGAAAAAGAAUUCCCA